GCAGGGGCGGUGGCGGCCGCCGCCCCUCGGCGGGACCUGCUGGGGAGCGGCGUAGGCGGACGGCGCGGAGCCAGCUCUUGUCCUGCUGUGCCGGAGGCUGUUGCCAUGACCCUCACCAAAGGCUCCUUCACCUACUCCAACGGGGAGGAGUACCGUGGCGAGUGGAAAGAAGGUCGCAGGCACGGCAUCGGGCAGCUGACGUUUGCUGAUGGCACUGCCUACGUGGGGCACUUUGAGAACGGGCUCUUCCACGGCUGCGGCGUGCUCACCUUCUCCGACGGCUCCAGGUACGAGGGGGAGUUUGUGCAGGGCAAGUUCAAUGGCGUCGGGGUCUUCACCCGCUGUGACAACAUGACCUUCGAGGGCGAGUUCAAAGGCGGGCGCGUGUACGGCUUCGGUCUCCUGACCUUCCCUGAUGGCUCGCACGGCGUGCCCCGCAAUGAGGGAUUCUUUGAGAACAACAAGCUGCUGCGGCGGGAGAAGUGCACGGCCAUCAUCCAGAGGGCCCAGGGCGCCUCCAAGUCUGCCCACAGCCUGACAGCGUGAGGGUGCCUGCAUCCCCUCCCACCAGAGCAGGGACCCCCUGCUUGGGCACUGGCUGGCCCUAGAGAAGGGAUGUGGCACUGCUGGGUGCCUCCCUGCCCUUCAUCCCCUCCAAGCGUCUUCCUGCCAAACCCCUGCUGCUGGAGGGGAUGGGACCCUCCGCUCUCCACCCAAGUGCCCUGGGGCAGCCGUGGUGCCUUCUCUUUCUGGCUGUAGCCCUGGCACCUGCUGGAGCAGCAGAAGGACAGGGUGGCAGGGGCUUGGCCCCUCUUCCCCCCAGGAAGACUGUGGACCACUACAGCUGCUAGCCAGCUGCAGAGGAUGGAGCAGGGGGGUAGAGGCUGGUCCCUGACCCCACUGCCAGGGUGCCUUGGCUGGAAGCUGCUGACUGAACCACAUGCCCCCAGAGGGGCAGCUCCUGGCUCACUUUGUUGCCCUGGUCCUGGAGGCAGGAUGGGCACCCCGGGCAUGCUGUGGCCUGCACCCUCAGCUCAGGGUGACUGGCCAUCCCCCUGCAUGCCCAGGCUACGGUGACACUGUGUCCCCAAAGAACCCAGCCUGCUCUCAGGCCAGCCAAUGGGCUGUGUUCCCCUCAUCCCUGUGCCAAUCCACCCAUCCACCCACUGCCUUGGGGACACCGGCAGCACAUCCCCACCAAGAGCGACUGGGGAAUGCCCAGCCUUGGUGCAUCUGCUGCACGCCGGUGAGGAUGGCAGCAAUGGUGAGCAAGGAGAAGGGUCAGCUGGAGCCUGGAGUGAGGACUGAGCAGGGCUGCAUGGAGUGCCAGGGCUGGAGCAGGAGGCCUGGGCAGAGCGGGGAUAGAGGUAUGGUGACGGGGCAGGCAGGGGGCACACAGUUCCCCAUUUUGUCCCCACAAGCGUCCUUCACCUCCCCACUGCAUGCUCACCUUCGCCCCCACUGUGGUCUGGCUGGCUGUGGCACUGGGCUCCCGGCAGCCCUCACUGCCCAGUGCAGGGGCUGUGCCUCCCUGCCAGCCUCUGCCCACACCGGGCCCCGUGCCUUGCUGUGACCCUGCCUUGUGCUGCUGCCUGCACGGGCCUCAGCUGAGUAAACCAUGUUGCCAAA